CUCCAGCUGUGAGGAACGGAGUCUUUACUACACAUCACGCGUUCUGUAUUCUCUCUGAUUCACCGAGGAUGGACAAGGACAGGAGUCACAGGACUGAGAGGAUAAUAAAUAUCACCCUGGAGAUCAUCUACCUGCUGACUGGGGAGGAUUACACAAUAGUGAAGAAGACAUCCAAUGAGUAUGAGACACCCAGCAGCCAUCCCCGUGUAUCAGGAGGACUGAGUAGAACCCAGAGCCCCAUCACGGUGCCUCCACCUCACUCACUAACACAUGAGAGACACAAUGAUCAGAAGAUCCUGGAACUCACCAAGAAGAUCAUUCAGUUGCUGACUGGAGAGGAGGGGGAGUAUAUAGAGGAACACAGGGGUCUGUACAAGGACGUGAUGAUGGUGAAUCACCAGCCCCUCACAUCAUUGGAUGGGCCCAGUAACAGAGAUACCCCAGAGAGAUAUCCCCGUCCUCUGUAUUCCCAGGAUUGUACAGAGGAGAAUCACAGGACCCCACAGGAGGAUCAGGGUGAAGCUCAGUUAAAUAAUAUUAAAGUCAAAGAUACAGAGGGAGAAGAAGAGACUUAUUUGACUGAUAUGAAGGUAGAAGAUAUAGAUGGAGAAGAAGAGACGUAUGUGACUGAUAUAAAGGCAGAAGAUAUAGAGGGAGAAGAAGAGACGUAUGUCACUGAUAUGAAGGCAGAAGAUAUAGUGGGAGAAGAAGAGACGUAUGUGACUGAUAUGAAGGCAGAAGAUAUAGAAGGAGAAGAAGAGGCGUACGUGACUGAUAUGAAUGCAGAAGAAGAGACGUGUGUGACUGAUAUGAAGGCAGAAGAUACAGAGGGAGAAGAAGAGACGUAUGUGACUGAUAUAAAGGCAGAAGAUAUAGAGGGAGAAGAAGAGACGUAUGUGACUGAUAUAAAGACAGAAGAUACAGAGGGAGAAGAAGAGACGUAUGUGACUGAUAUAAAGGCAGAAGAUAUAGAGGGAGAAGAAGAGACGUAUGUGAGGGGAGAUCAGCAGUGUAAGGAGGAGGAGAUCCCUACAGAUAUCAGCACAGCAGAUGGACACACAAGCAGGAAUAUCUCAAAAGGACAUCUAAUGUUAUCCCCGGAUUGUGACAUAAAAGAUAGUGACAGUAGACAGGAUUCUCCAGGAGAUAACCCCAUUACCCCAAUUAUACAUCCAGCUCUAUCAGCUGAUCCCUCUGAUCCUGGGGAAUGUUUUCCUGAUCACUCUGAUAUUGGUGCAUCUGAUACAGCUCUGAGAGUAGAUACAGUGUUUCCGUGUUCUAUAGAUGCCAAAUGUUUUACACAGAACACAAAGCAUAUUAACCCACACACAGUUAAGGCAGGUGAAAGGCCACUGAUAUGUUCUGAGUGUGGGAAAUGUUUUACAUACAAAUCAGAUCUUGUUAAACAUCAGAGAAGUCACACAGGUGAGAAGCCAUUUCCAUGUUCUGAGUGUGGGAAAUGUUUUACACUGAAAUCAUAUCUUGUUACACAUCAGCGAAGUCACACAGGUGAGAAGCCAUUUCCAUGUUCUGAGUGUGGGAAAUGUUUUACACUGAAAUCACAUCUUGUUGUGCAUAACAGAAGACACACAGGUGAGAAACCAUUUUCUUGCUCUGAGUGUGGGAAAUGUUUUGCACACAAAUCAGCUCUUGUUAUACACCAGAGACGUUACACAGGUGAGAAGUGGUUUUCUUGCACUGAGUGCAGGAAAUGUUUUACACAGAAAUCAGAUCUUGUUAGACAUCAGCAAAGUCACACAGGUGAGAGGCCAUUUCCAUGUUCUGAGUGUGGGAAAUGUUUUACAUGGAAAUCACAACUUAUUACACAUCAGCGAAGUCACACAGGUGAGAAGCCAUUUUCUUGCUCUGAGUGUGGGAAAUGUUUUACACACAAAUCACAUCUUGUUAUACAUCAGCGAAGUCACACAGGUGAGAGGCCAUUUCCAUGUUCUGAGUGUGGAAAAUGUUUUGCAAACAAAUCAGCUCUUGUUAUACACCAGAGAAGUCACACAGGUGAGAAGUGGUUUUCUUGCUCUGAGUGCAGGAAAUGUUUUACACAGAAAUCAGAUCUUGUUAGACAUCAGCAAAGUCACACAGGUGAGAGGCCAUUUCCAUGUUCUGAGUGUGGGAAAUGUUUUACACGGAAAUCACAACUUGUUACACAUCAGCGAAGUCACACAGGUGAGAGGCCAUUUCCAUGUUCUGAGUGUGGGAAAUGUUUUACACGGAAAUCACAACUUAUUACACAUCAGCAAAGUCACACAGGUGAGAGGCCAUUUUCUUGCUCUGAGUGUGGGAAAUGUUUUACACACAAAUCACAUCUUGUUAUACAUCAGCGAAGUCACACAGGUGAGAGGCCAUUUCCAUGUUCUGAGUGUGGGAAAUGUUUUACACUGAAAUCACAACUUGUUACACAUCGGCAAAGUCACAUAGGUGAGAAGCCAUUUUCUUGCUCUGUGUGCGGGAAAUGUUAUACACAAAAAUCACAUCUUGUUACACAUCAGCAAAGUCACACAGGUGAGAGGUUAUUUUCAUACUCUGAGAAAUAAAUCAGCUCUUGUUGCACACAGUAGACAUCACUCAGGUGAGGAACCAUUUUAAUCUUCUGGAGUAUACUUAUCAUUGCCAUGCGUUGUUCUUCAAGGCUCUUAUCCUAUCUCCUAUGCUUUUUGCAAUAUACAUGUUACCACUGGGUGAAAUAAUCAGAUGUCAUGUCCUCAUCUACCACUGCUGUACAGAUGACCCGUCUUUGCUCUGGGUACUGAGAGCCCAGUACCAAUCCUAAAUGUCUAGCUGAGCUCCAGGUGUGUGUGAUGCCAGUUGGCUGUGACUCAGUUCUGGUGAAACAGGUCUUUAUGGUAGAAGCUCACCAACAAAGGGCAGGGCUACAGCUCAGCUUUGUUACCAACCAGACUUACGCUUGGGGGUUCAGAGUUAGAAAAUGCUGAUCCUGUGCGGAAUCUUGGUGUCAUGGAUGGUGGAGCGACACUUAGACAUCAGUAUCUGCCACAAUCAGAUCCUCAUCUGAGGAACAUAGCCAGACUCCAGCACUUAAUUCCCUCAGAAGAUCUACCUACAGUCAUACAUGUACUUGUAGCAUCACGCAUAGACUACUGCAAUGUCCUCUACCUGGAUCUCCCAGCAAAAGAAUUACACCGCUUGUAGCUUGUACAGAAUGCAGCAGCCAGUCUGUUACCUAACCAGCCCGUUCCUGCCACAUAACACCCAUUCUCUACUCCCUUCACCGGCUGCCUGUAAGAUGGUGACUAUUACAUAAUCUUACUGACUCUCCCAGCCCUACAUGACCAGGGUCCAUGGUACCAGAAGCAGCUUCUGCCUCCUUACUGCCCUGCUUUCUAACUUCCACCUGCAGAUGAAGGACUGUUACCAGCAGUACCAAGAAUCCCCAAGCAGUGCUGAGAUGUCAGAGGGGGAGACAGGGUGUUGGCACUAGUGCUGUAGCGGGGGCUGCCGGAGGCACUGUCUGAGAAUCUUUUCCUCAAGCAGCGCUAAGGUGUCAGAGGGGAGACAAGGUGGUGGCAGUAGUGGGGGAGACA